AGGUGCAGUUUAGUGUUGGGGGGACAUGUUAAUAACACAGAUUUACAACGUCCCAGGGGCUGUAUAUUCCUUUCCUUUAAUCCUUAAAAUAACCCUGCAAAGUAUGUAUAUAAUUAAGUUUACUAAAAUUUCAAGCUACGCAUACUAACGCGUACACAGUGGAAAGUUUGCCGCACACCUUGUCCACAGUUCCCCCACAGUUAGUUCCCUGUGGCAUCCUUUCGGACAUUUUUAAAUGCAUGUUGCUGUGUGUGUAGCUCCCCUUCUAAAAAACAAUUGGGGAAACUCGCUGUUAGUGUCUUGCUUCAUUCACAUUAACGUGACACUGGUACGAAACGGCCGGCCUCGUCCAUCCUCAGUGCGGCGCGGUCCCCUAGGAACUGUCCCCGUUUCUCGGGCGAGGACACGCUGGGGCUCGGCUCUGUGGCUUGCCCGGGAUUCCAGUGAACCCAGGAGUGCGAAGCCGGCGAUCGCGAGGGGCGGCUCGGCAGACCGUGCGGCAGGAAGUGCCGGCCGCAGACUCACCGGCGACUCCCCGCGGCUUGUAAACGCGGGACAGACGCGCCGCGCGGCACAGACCGAGUCGGCGCUUCGCAGCCGGGUCUCCUCCACUCGGCGAGCGCGGCGGCUGACGGCGCGAUGGACCUGGCAGGGCUCCUACUGGACGACGAAGGCACCUUCUCCCUCUCCGGCUUCCAGGACUUCACGUUCCUCCCGGGACACCAGAAGCUGAGCGUGCGGCUGCGGAAGAGACUCUACUAUGGUUGGGACUGGGAGGCCGACUGUAGCCUGGAGGAGCUCUCCAGCCCUGUGGCAGACAUUGCUGUGGAACUGCUCCAGAAGGCAGCCCCCAGCCCUAUUCGCCGACUCCAAAAGAAAUAUGUAGCUCAUGUGUCCCGGGAGGCAUGCAUCUCCCCGUGUGCAAUGAUGCUAGCUCUGGUGUACAUUGAGCGGCUCCGGCACCGAAACCCAGACUAUCUACAGCAUGUGUCAUCCUCUGACUUGUUCCUAAUCUCCAUGAUGGUGGCCAGUAAAUACCUCUAUGACGAAGGGGAGGAGGAGGAGGUCUUCAAUGACGAGUGGGGAGCUGCUGGAGGUGUGGCCGUGCCUACUCUCAAUGCCCUGGAGAGGGGCUUCCUGAAUGCCAUGUCCUACACAUUCUGCCUACAGGAUUGGCAUCUGUACACUGACCCUCAGGAGAUCUUAGAGGUGCUGAGCUGGCUGGAGAGCUGUGUGGCUGAGCAGCAGGGGCGGCGGCGGGGCUGGUAUACCUAUACAGACCUGUGUGUGCUGCUGGAGCAGCCAGCCUGGCAGCUGGCCCUGGGCUCCCUCUGCCAGCAGCUGGCAAAGUUGUCCUGCCUGUUAGCCAUGGCAUAUGUAAGCAGUGUGGCCCUAGCUGUGACAUCAGUGGCUGUGAUACACCAGUCCUUGGGGCUGUCUUGCAGCCCUCCACCCGGCCCCCCUGACCUUGGACUGGCCUCCAGGUGCCCCUUGGAACCCUGCAUACCCUCUCCUGUGCCACAGUGCUUACCAUCUCCUGCCAACAUCUCCAGUUGCCUGGAAGAGGACACAGAGCUGCGUUCACUCUGGGGAAGUCUUCUGGCCUCCCUGACUCCCCCAUCAUUGCCUCCCCCAGACCCUCCUGCCCCACCCACUCUUCUCCACAACUGCCCCCUUUGCCAGAAGCUUCGGAGAGACUCCCCAGCCUGCCGUGCCUGCCACCACACCAACCAUACGGUCUCUACUGGGCCUCCCAGCCCCUGGUACCACACUCAUGGCCUGGCUCCCCCCUGGUCUUGGAGCCCGAUGCCCCCUCCACUCCCCCAGCCCCAGCAAUGUUCCCUUUUCGGCAUCAUGGAGCUGGCCCGCCUCAAGUCUUUCAUUUUCCCAGGCUAGGCAGGGCUCCGAGGGAUGCAGUAAGAGGACUUGGGAGUUCCUGAGAACCUGGAGGAGCCAAGCUUGAUUUAGAUCUUCUCUACCUCUCUGGGUCCUUGGCUGGUCCCUUGUCCUCCUGGUGAUGGAGCUGAAGGGGUUGUGUGGCAGAUGACAGAAGGCCAUUCACUGUCCCAGACCUCAGUGGCUAGCUGCUUGGCUGUGGCAGUGAUAGUGCGAGGGAAAGCUUCAGCUCACUGACCUGGGCUGUGUCACAGAUCAACAGAGGAGAAGCCCCUGAUUCUUUGCCUCCCUGGGGCUCUUAUAGGCUUUUGUUUUUGAAUUCUCUGGGGUGGGAGGGUAAAGGUGGGAGAUGGGGUAAGUGGGGUGAGGGAAGAAAGGACAGGUUAACCUGGGUCUGUGUGAUGUCUCUGUGGCAGGACAGCCAGGGACUAAUAGGGCCCAGGUGGGUGCUGCUGAAGGAAAGCUAGGUGAUGUGGGAAAUCCUUUCUACGCCCAUCCCUUAGGUGCAGUCUAAUGGAGCUGCGGACUGCUGGGACCCCCAACCUUGACCUUUUGUCUUCCACCGUCUUUUAGUGCCCUGUUCUUAGGCUUCCCUUUCUUGGUAUUCUCUUCACAGGCCUCUCUGGCCGCUGCUUUGUAUCUGGGUUUUUCACGCUUUUAUAGAACUGAGGUUUCAAUAAACGGUUUCAAUUG